UAUGACGUCAUUGUUCGAAGCGAAGUGUCCUGCGACUUUCUCUGCUGACUAGUCGCGACGAGUAAUGGCACUGAAAAGGAUCAACAAGGAGCUACAAGACUUGGGCAGGGAUCCUCCAGCUAACUGUUCGGCGGGACCCAUUGGGGAUGACUUGUUUCAUUGGCAAGCGACCAUCAUGGGCCCCCCAGAUUCGCCAUAUCAAGGAGGUGUGUUUUUCCUCACCAUCCACUUUCCAACAGACUAUCCCUUCAAGCCACCCAAAGUAGCGUUCACAACUCGUAUCUAUCAUCCGAAUAUAAACAGUAACGGCAGCAUAUGUUUGGACAUUCUUCGAUCACAGUGGAGUCCAGCACUCACUGUAUCCAAAGUUCUCUUAUCCAUCUGUUCUCUUCUCACCGAUCCCAAUCCAGAUGACCCUCUUGUACCAGAGAUUGCCAAGUUAUACAAAACUGACCGUUCAAAGUAUAACGAAACGGCCAAGGAGUGGACCUCAAAGUAUGCAAUGUGACGACAGGGACUGUCUGUGUUAGGAGGGAAUCAUACGAGUCGUACGUAUGUAUUGUAUUGUUAGUAGUGUAGUUUCAUUGCGCUGUCGUUUGGCGCUUCUGAAGUAGACUGUCAAUUUUGUACUUGCUGUACGUGACUGUAAAGCUAAGGUGAAUAGGUAAUGCCUUACAUUGCAUUCUUUCUUGUAUGAGAGCUCGUAAGUGUA